UGUCUUGGUGUUUAGGGUGCCAUGGCAUAGCAAUAUUUUGCCACCUCAGAAAUAAAAAAUGAGUGAAAGUGAAUAAUGAGGAACAUGAAGAAGGGGUGGUGGUGGAGGACACGGUGGCGCUAAGAGAAAGAGGGAAAAGCAACUUCCUUUUCAACCAAAUAGUGCCAACGCACACUCUUAACUCAUUCCCAUAACCACCCCACACCAUUCACAGAUGCAGCAGAUUCUCUCUAAGACUUCAUCUGCCAUGGCCACUUUUCCUUGUUCCAGGAGUUUCGGAGGAAACGAGGAACAAAAAGACAGCGUCCGAUGAUGUUUUUUAUUUCUUGUCUAAAAAACUAAACCAAACAUUUUUCGUGGCACCUCGUUGUGUGCCUGUUUCUUUCGGCAUUCAAUGAAUGAUAAUAAGGUGAGAAGUGGGUUGUGCGUGUGGCCAAAUGUGAGACAAAUUUGCUUUAGAAAAGGCAUUCUGUAUGGAUUUAUGCGAUUGUUUUCUACACCAUUGAAAACGCUGCGUGGAGCAAGUCGCACGCUGAGGGUGGCUCGAUUUUGCAGUGUUGUGAAUAUGUCUUCCUCGUUGCAGAUUGAAUUGGUACCUUGCCUGAAGGACAAUUAUGCGUAUCUUUUACAUGAUGUGGAUACUGGUACGGUUGGUGUUGUUGAUCCUUCUGAAGCUGUGCCUGUCAUAGAUGUCUUGAGCAGGAAAAAUCGAAAUUUGACUUACAUACUCAACACUCACCAUCAUCAUGAUCACACUGGUGGAAAUGUAGAAUUAAAGGCGAGAUAUGGGGCAAAGGUGAUUGGUUCAGGAACUGACAAGGAAAGGAUUCCUGGCAUUGAUAUCUAUUUGAAUGAUGGUGACAGGUGGAUGUUUGCUGGCCAUGAGGUGCGUGUAAUAGACACACCUGGUCACACCCGAGGCCAUAUAAGCUUUUAUUUUCCUGGAUCUGGGGCAAUUUUUACUGGAGAUACUUUGUUCAGCUUGUCAUGUGGCAAGCUGUUUGAAGGAAGCCCUCAGGAGAUGAUGUCCUCUCUUAAAAAGAUCAUGUCCCUGCCAGAUGAUACAAAUAUAUACUGUGGACACGAGUAUACAUUGAUGAAUACAAAGUUUGCAUUGUCUAUAGAACCUGAAAACAAAGAACUUCAAUCCUAUGCUGCUCAUGUAGCUUACCUUCGAAGUAAAGGCUUGCCUACGAUUCCCACCACAUUGAAGAUGGAAAAGGCUUGUAAUCCAUUUCUUCGUACAUCCAGUGCUGCAAUUAGGCAAUCAUUGAACAUUGCAACCACAGCAAAUGAUGCAGAAGCCCUUGCUGUCAUACGGCAAACAAAGGAUAAUUUUUAGGAUUUUUUUUUUUUUAAUGUAUAUGGUAUAAGUCUUGAAACUUGUUCUAUAUAGGGUUAGGGUAUGAAUCCAUCUUUGGAAUAAUGUGUGUGCUUGAUGCUAUCUUUUCAAUAUGAUUUCAGAAUUUUGUUCCUGAGUUCA